AUGGACGACAUUGAUGAAGAGAUGUUAACGAGGAUGGCUUCUAAUGCUACUAUCUCCGUGGUGAUUUGUGUGUUUACAUGUUUGAUGAGGAUACGUAGUAGACGGAAAUCAAUCACUUAUCAACGUAAGGUGAAAAAUAAAGAGAAGAUAGAUAUGAGAGCUAGGCACAUAAGUCGUGUGUUUAGUGGCUAUAAUGAGAGUUGUAGGGCUUAUGUUAGAAUGAGGCCGCGUGCAUUUCAUAAUCUUGUUAGCAUAAUGAGAUAUACCGGCCUACUAAAAGAUGGACGGGUUGUUAAAGUAGAAGAACAAUUGCUCAUGUUCCUUAAUAUAUUAGGCCAUAAAACAAAAAAUAGAAUUGUUAGGUCACAUUUUAUAAGAUCGGGGGAAACCGUUUCAAAAUACGUUAACAAGUGCUUGGAAGUCGUUGGUCGUUUAAGGGGGCGGUACAUGAAGCAAGCACCAAAUGAAGUAUCACCAGAGAUUGCCACUAACCCGUUAUAUUAUCCUUAUUUCAAGGAUUGUAUUGGCAUGAUAGAUGGAACCCAUAUCGACGCCAUGCUUCCCGCUAGCCUUGUUGCACGUUUUAGAGGUCGUAAAGGUGUAACUCAAAAUGUUCUAGCUGCAUGCACUCCCAACAAGUUAUUUUCGUAUGUUCUAGCCGGAUGGGAGGGAUCUGCAAAUGAUUAUAGAGUUUUGCAAGACGCGUUAUCUAGACCACAACCUCGCGGAUUGAGAGUUUACGACGGAAAAUAUUAUUUGUGUGAUGCGGGCUACACUACUAUGCAUGGCUUUAUCUCCCCAUAUCGAGGAGUGCGGUAUCAUCUAAAUGAGCACAAGGGUAGGCCAAUCAAUAAUAGACAAGAGUUGUUCAAUUUAAGACACUCAUCCCUAAGGUCUAAAAUUGAAUCAACAUUUGGGGUAUUAAAAAAUCGUUUCAAAAUCCUAUCCGCGAAGCCACAUUACCCUUUUCCAACUCAAGUUGAUAUAGUUAUUGCAUGUACUAUACUUCAUAACUAUAUCGCCAUAGAAGACUCGGGCGAUGAGUUGUUGCAUGAGGACAACCAUAUUGAAGAGGAUGAAGAUGAAAUAGCAAAUGAAGGUGAAGAGGGUGUUGUUGACUUUACUCAAACUAUGACACAAAGAGAGGAAAAAUUUUCAAGAAAUGAAUGGAGAGCAAAGAGGGAUCAAAUUGCAAUUGAAAUGUGGGAAGAUUAUUGUGCUAAAUAUCGCGGUGGAGACACAACCGAGAUUGGGAUUGAAUGGAUAGCAAAGAAAGAUCAAAUUGCAAUUGAAAUGUGGGAAGAUUAUUGUGCUAAAUGGCGCGGUGGAGACACAACCGAGAUCGGGAUGUAA